CAAAUACUAUAGUUAUGAGUAAAUGAUAGGUGAGAUUGUUAGACACCUUAAAACUAGUUGUAUCCAUAUACAUAAAAAAGAAAAAUUAAUUUUAAAUGAUGACAAACGCUCCAGAUCGCAUUUUAUUAUUUAGCGGUAAAAGAAAGUCAGGAAAAGACUAUAUUACUGAUAAUUUAUUUAAAAGGCUUGGUCCUGAAAAAAGUGUUAUUAUAAAACUUUCGGGUCCUAUAAAAAGUCAUUGGGCAAAUACAUUCAAUCUAGAUUUGAAUCAGUUACUAAGCGAUGGAAAGUAUAAAGAAAAUUAUAGGCUUGAAAUGAUAAAAUGGGGAGAAGAUAAAAGACGUACAGAUACCGGAUAUUUUUGUAGAGCAGCAAUUGACAUGUACAAUGCAACCGGUAAAAAAAUUUGGAUAGUGAGUGAUGUUAGACGUAAAACAGAUAUUGAAUGGUUUGAAAAAACUUAUGGAGAACUUUGUAAAACUAUUCGAAUCAAUUGUAGUUAUGACGUAAAAUCUCAACGAGGCUGGAAAUUUACACCAGGUAUUGAUGAUUCCGAAACUGAAUGCGAUUUAGAUGACAUAAGUGAAUGGAAUUUAAAAAUAACUAAUGAGGGUACUGACUUGGAUAGUAUUAUAGACAAAAUUAUCCAAAUUAUUCCAUAAGAUAAAUCUCAUGAUUGAAAAACGACUUAUAGUUUAUACUUGCUUUUAUACGAUUAUCUAUAACAAUUUAAUUGGUUUUUUUUUUUUUUUUUUUUUAAGUUAAAUAUAAGCUAAAAAUAAUUGAGAAGGUAAAUCAACCGGUUAAUUAAUGUUUAUGUUUUAAAAAAAGCUCAAAUCACAACCAAUUCGCUCAGUAUUAAGACAUUUAGAAAUUACUUUUAUUUAAAUACUUAUAAUGUCUAAUACAUAAUAAAUUUCAAAGGUUGAUCAACAAGUUACAAUAAACGUCACAGAAAAAAAUCUAAAAUACUUAUGACAAUCUACAAUAAGUUUGAUAAUAAAUAGACUUAAUUGGUUUUUUA